AUGCUAGUGUUAAACUUAAACUUGUAUCAGCAGCUUUUAGAACUUUCAGAAGCAAAAACAGAGGAAUCUUUCUCUCAGUUCAUGCAACAGCUGGUGGCAGAGGAGAAGCUGCUUGAUACAGAGGAGCAACAGCAUGAUGCAAAGCUACAGCAGCUGAGGACACUUGAGGCCGCUGAUGCUUAUUUACAAGCAAGCAGGAGGCAGAUUGCGGUUCUCAAAGCUGAGCUGGAUGCAGAAAAGCGGAGCUCUGAUGAGGCCUAUUCGAUACCAAAAAAGGAGCCGCAGAAGUACUUAGAUUUUGACAGAAUGAACCUGCUGAAGGCGCUACAGCAACUAAAACAAGAAGAAAGGUUACAUGAGAUCAGAGAGCGAGAACAGGUAAACACCAUCAGAGCUAUAGCGGAAGAAACACAAACCUUGGAGCAAAGUCUUACAAGCUACAGGAGACGUCUCCAUGAGCUACAUUCUCCAAACGGCGCAGAACGAAGGCUUCCGGAGAAAGUGCGACCGCAGGAGCAGCAAAGGCGAGCUAUGCCGCAACAGUUAGAGCAGUUAAUACAGGAAGUCUUGUCUCUUCGCAGCACCCCAGACGCUUUCGAGGCCACACAUGAGGAUGCUACGUCUUUUGGUGGCCGAACAGUAGCUGGAGGAGCAGAAGCAGAGGAGGCAGCUUUCGCGGAAACAGUACAGCUUUGGCAGAGGCAAAUGGAAGCUUUGCGCAUGACAGUAGACUUGCGCAUUACACACCCCUCAGCUUUUGCCAUGGCUCACCUCGGAGAAGUCUCCCUCCGGCUGCGCACCUGGGAAGUCACUUCACAGAAUGCCAUGCGCAAGAUCGAGCAGGCCACCUCCGCAGAGGGCUCUGCUGGUCCUCUUUCAAAUUCCCCUAAGAGCAAUCGCAUAGCUGAGGUCCAGCUGUCGUUCCUGAGGGCCUUUAAGGCGAUGCGCACGGGAGCCUUGAGUUUCCGCAACGCGGUUGCAGAAGCAAAUAAGGAGCUGACGCGACUGGAGACGCUUGAACAGCUGCAAGCGCUUGGGUCGAAAGCCCUCCAGGAGGCGAUAGCAGGGGUCCCCAUGGUGAGGCUGACAUGGCGGAGAAAGCAGUGGCACACCCGGCAGAGGAUUCAACAAGCAAAACAAUUGAUAGGGAGUCCUGGUAGUGGGGGUACCCUUGUCAAAGAAUGGAAUCACACCUACUUGCCGCCGGUCGCUGUCCUCAUCAAGGAGGCAGCUAAGCAUGAGCAUUACACUCGGGCUCUCACAAAGCUUGAGGGUUUCAUAAAGUCAAUCUUGCAGCAGGAAGUGCUCCAGCUCUUUAUGGAGGCACUCGAGACAGCUGACGCGCGGCGACACGCUUGCCAGGGCGACGAAGUUGCCGUGAGCGAGCUUAGUUGGGCUCAACUCACCGCUCUCAAUAAACAGUGUUAUCCUAUCAGUUCUAUUUUACUACAAUAUGGGGACUUGGAGGAAAGGUUCUACAGCGAGUGCAGGCAGCCAAGAGGAAACGGCAUACCCACCCAAUUACACGCCUGGGGCCCUCCUAUGGAACAGCCAGGGAUAUGGCAGCGGGAAAAAGUGUUGAUUAUAGGUAAGGACGCUGAUAAUAUACGGGAGGGAAGACAUGAAAAAGCCAAGGUGACGGGUGGUUUGACGUCCAUGUUGGAAAGCCAGACGCUUGACAUCAGGGUUGUCCCACAGCAUGCUGAGGCGAGUGAGAAGCCACGCACAGUACACACGCAACGGGCUGCUCGGCAGGAGAAGGGAGCUGUUUCAGAAAUAGAAGCUGGCAGGAAUGUAGAUGGAAAAGAAACGAGCGGGGUGGAGAAGGGAGAAUGA